AUGAUGCAGCGCGAUACGAGACCGGACAGAAUCAACCUCCCGUCUGGCUCACCGCAAUUAAUAAGAACACAAAGUAGAUCGAGCGAUGGAGGUCGCACACCUUCGGCGUCCCUUCAUACGCUUCCUGCGCCACCAAGUUUGUCUCCCGAUCCCGCAUAUAUUGCACCCUCAGCAGCUGCGCAUGUUGUGAGUAGCGGGCUUGCCAAUCGAGGGCAAAGCAUCGGCGAUGAAGAAGACUUCAACGAGGAGACCGCCGCCACUGUUACGGCUUCAGCGCUCGCGCUCAUCAAUUCUUUCCUCGAUCAAUUGCUCUUCAGUUUCCUCGCAACGUCGCGAUCAACCUCCAUCUUGUCCCUUAGGCCUGCCAUUUCUGAGAUUCUCAAGCCUAGACUUGCCAAGGAAGCUAUCGACGGUGCAGAUGAAGAGCUCAAGGGCUAUCUAGCGGGAGGUGAUGAUGAAGAACUGCUAGACUUUCACAAUGGGCAAGAACUCAAGGGGGCGAGCAAUCUUCUCCAUGUCUUCAAGAGAACACGUCUUCGAUGCAUGGUAUACACUCGUCUGGGCGACAUGGAAGAAGAGGACGAGGAAGCGCAUCUAGAAAACGAAAGCCCUUCCGAUGACGGUCAGAAUCGACUUUCCCGAGAUCUGGGGAACGUCUCGCCAGCUGCAGCAAUCUUUCUUACAUCGAUUAUCGAAUUCGUGGGGGAACAAGCACUAGCGAUUGCUGGUGACAACGCGCUCAGCCGCUUCAAUUCUAAAAAAUCAAACACGGGGGAGCGUAUCCUCGUGGAAGACCGUGACGUUGAAAAGAUAGCCUUUAACAAAGCCAUAGGUCGAUUGUGGAGAGCGUGGAAGAAAGCAGGCCGACUCAGCAUAAUCAGCCCGCGGACGUCUUCUUAUGAUCAGCGUGUUUCUAGAAGGACCACGAGCUCGGCGACAAGUAGAACUACAAGCAUUAGUGAACACAGCGAAGCCAACUAUUUUGGACCAAACCGAAGCUCAAUCGUAGAAUCAUCCGAGGGAGAUACAAUUGCAGGAUCGAAAGCUCCUCCAAAGGCGACGGAUCUGCCUGCCGAGCCUGACUUUACUACUGAUGAUGACAAGCCACCAGUAAACGAAUCCACCAGAGGUCGUCCUUACAGCAUGAUUGAGUAUCCUUCUCAGAAUGGCGAAGAAGACAAGGCAGCUGCCAAUCAGAAACGUACGGAUGAAGUAACUCCGUCCUCAGCGAAACCAGCUAGGGGCCACCAACGUGCAGUCUCUCUCCCUACGGCGAGAACGACACCUUAUUCGUCGCCAGUAGACGAGGCCUUCACUACACCGACCGAGAGGCCUGAUCCAAUGACCAGCGACUCUCAGGAGCUUGCAAAGACGGAGAGAGAAUUGCCAAAGCUAACCGACGAUUCCCAGAAAGUCUCAGACUCUGUCCGUGGCAAUCAAGGUGUGUCAACGAUGUACGACGGACUGUUGAAACGUAACGAGAAGCCUAUACCCAUUGACCCCACUCUCGCGAGCCGAGUCAGUGUGUCAGAGUAUUCUGAAUCAUCUUCUAUUGGACAUGAUGCGGAGAUGACACCACAGGCCCUCAGUUUCAAAAGAGCGCAGCCGAAUUCAAUUUUGGAUAUUUCCAGCGAGCAGAAAUCCCGUGCAAGCACAAUGUCAAGCGGCUAUAGCUUUCACCAUGGCGUACAGAGCCCACUUACUGCUACGGAUGGCACAAAUGGCAAGAGCGUAGACGGCGAUUCAGAAAGUGGCAUUUUCCCGCUACGUGGGGCUUCGCUGGACCAACCACGUACAGAACACAAUGACUUUGAGAAGCUUACAGCCCUCCAAGGUGAGCAGCUCAAGACAUAUGAUGACGGUGGUAAGGCUGUGAAACGCGACAUCCCAGUGCGUUACGAAGCUCCGUCGAAUGAAGAUUUUCACAACCUCGAGACCGCGAAGUCGAUGCCUGUGGAUGAAGAAACAACAUCUCCCACCAUUACGAAUAGAAGAGACAUCGCAGAAGCUAGUUUUGCACAAUAUGGGGAUCCGCAAGCAUUCGAAGCCAUCCAGCACCAGCAAGCGGCUGCGAGUGUCGCUGCUGCUGCUAAGAAUCUUGACACCCGAAGGCCACCCACGUCUGCUCCAGCAGGAACAGAGAGAGCUGCUGUGCAAAGAGUCCUGCCUUCUUCGGGCUCUGCAUCGAACUCUCCAACUACUGGUGGACGCAUUUCCUCGAGCAGCAAUCGUGAGGUUAGGCCUAUAACUGCUUCGAGCACGUCGUCUAAGAUCAAAGGUAUCAUUGGGCGAGAAUCUGGGGAUGCUGUCAGACACGCUGUACCAAGGACCACUUCUUCUGAAGCUACCAGAGAGAUUACUAGCAGCUCAUCCCGCAGUGCCAAAUCGAAUGACAAAGAACAAGAUUUCGAGCAAUUAAUUCAAAGUGAUGAAACCAUCCAAUACACGCUGACGCCACAAAAUAUGCGUGAAAUGGAGCAACCUGAUUCGCCUCGAUGGAGCACUAAGACCCCGCGUGUGGGCACUAUUUCACCUGAAGCUACCCAAAGUGUUACGUCUACUGAAGCCCGUUCUAGCAAGUCUCUCCGAGGGCUUAAUGGGCUAAGAUCCAAUCCCACCGCCGGCUCCGAUGUGAUGGAGUUUGCCUCACCGCCAGAUGUAUCACCUGUCAGCACGAAGUCAAAUCCGCAACGACAGGCAAAAGCGGCUGGACCGGGUACGAAGCCUAUAGUUGCCCGGGAUCCUGUAACGCGUGGUGACUCGUCCAAAGACUUAGCUGAUUUCAUGAGGUCCACGGGUCCAGAAAAUGAGAACAAAGUACCAACGAAGUCUCCAGCAGGAAGGCCAGAUUUACACUCUCGGGGCGCAAGCAACAGCUCGCAGCAGAGCGGCAGACCUCUUUCAAGGAAGAUUACAAAACAGCAACCUGGUCAAGUACCGAAGAAACCAGAAGUCGGCCCAGUUCGAAAGUCUUCGAAACUUCGGGCGCGAGAUCCUAUUGCUUCUCCAACUAACACUACUGCUGAGCUUGCUGAUUUCUUUCGAUCUGGACCUCCCGGUGCACAAGUCGCGCAGCGUUCUGUCCCCUCGCCCAACACGAACAAUAGAAUGCGAGAUAACCCGGGAUCAGCAAGUACACUUGACAGCAUUGCGCAAUCUAAGAUCACUCAAUCAUCCACCAAUUCUCGGACUGGCCUCCUAGAUAGCACGAACAAGGCUGCUGGCAAACCCAGCAAUCAACGUCCACUCAAUGAUGAUAUGGGGCCAGUCCGCAAGCAACGUCGCGUCAAGGAUCCCUAUGCCAUUGACACCGACGACGAGGAAGAAGAAGAAAUCAUAGUCAUUGAUGACACUCCUCAGGAGUCCUUGAGCGACUUUUUGAGAAACUAUUCUCCACCCUCCACCUCAGGCACCGACCAACGCAACGCCACCGCUAACGCUUCCACCGCCCUUCCGGCUCAAGACUCUAAUAAUAAACAGCGAAAAGUUUCUGGCACCAGCAUGCGCGAGCGUAUUGCCCGUAACAUCGCCGUGAUACCAGACUACCGUCCUCUUCCGCCAAAGGCUUCCAAGAAACCCCCCUCCCGCUCUCCACCCCAGUCAAACGAAAAACCCAAACCACAACCACAACCACCAAGCACGUCCACUCCCCCAAAGAAUCGUGCAGCAAGCACCCCCACCGCUACCGCUGCCCAACCCACAGUCCCCCAACUUCCCCCCUUGAAAUCCAUGUCCAGCAGCACCAACACCACGAACCACCACGCCAGGCCCAGCUCCCCACAUCUCACCCAAAACGGUACCAAGUUCGACACCUAUAGGCCCUCGCAGCCUACGUACGCAAAACACAUGGACCCGGGCAAUCGCAAGCCGAAGCCGUUGAUGGUGGCUAGAGCGGCUGAGGGUGGUGCGGAUAAAGCCAGUGGGAUGGCUGAUUUGGCUGAUUUCUUGAGAGAGACGGAACCGCCGGCGCCGAGUGGGCCGGUUGCGGUUGCGAGGCCGAUUAGUCCGGUGGCGAGGCCGAGUCAGGAGGGGGUUGGAGGAAUUGGGGGAGGAGGAAGAAGUAAGGUGAUGAGUUACUUAGAUAGAUAG